GCCAGGCACCGGAACGCAUAGAGACUAGUGCCUCAGCGCUGUGACACCCCCUGGCAGAGGGAGGGGACAAGGGUGGCAGCUAGGGGAGGUCGCCCAAGGACAGCCUGUUCCUGGAAACCCGUUGUUGUGUUGUGGGUCCGGAUGGGCAGAUCUACAGCGAUACACUGACGUCAGAAGUGGGGGCAGAAUUGGCUUCCUGGCACCUACUGUACCAUUUGGGCAGGAAAAAUGGAACGAAACGGAGCUGGACCGAGCCAACUGUCUGGGUCCAUCAGUUCUGUGGGAUCUUCAGGUGUUUUGGAUCUCUCCUGUACCUAUGACAUAACAGACAAGAUCCUACAACAGGAGACCCCUUGUGAAUUGCUGGAAAGUAGCCUGAGCUCACUUCUACCCUCUGCCUCAUCUCUUCCUUUAAUGGAAAAUGCAGGAUCACAAGCAAAUAUCUGUGAUGACAAAGACAAGCUACAGAGAACCAGCUGCAAACAGACCUCAUUUGCCACGGAACCACAAAUUGGAGAUGCAUUGAGCUCUUCAGAUCUGAUUAAUUAUGAAUCACCAUUGAAAUCCGAAAACGAGAGUAUGACAGAUGAUGCGCAAAUUCGAAAGACCUUGGAUGCUUUUUAUGAACUGGGUAACCGGCGGGAAUUCCAUAGGAGCGACAAAAAUGAAAUGUUACAUCAGCUUUCAAUGAGAAUAUCAGAGACGAAUGCCAGCGGCAGCCUCUAUGCACUCCGGUGCCUUCAGCUGGCAAAAGUUAUUGUAACUCAAGGAGAAACUGACAUUUUCCAGAAUAAAGCCCAAGACUCAGUGUUCUCAUCGCCAGCAUGUAAUGAAAUAGCUACAGAUAAUAAGUCCAUACCUGGCUUGUCUGAAGAUGUGAGACGCUAUAUUGUAAAUUAUAACAAAAAAUAGACUUUUUUGCCUUCCUGAGUUAAGUUUACAGGAAUAAAAACUGUAGAUUCAUAACAUUGACUAUGAUGGGGUUCUGUCAAAAAUAAAAAGAGCUUUUCAGAACAUUUAUGUUCUUUAAGCUGAUGAAAAAGGUA